UGAGGAGCUGCACAGCCUACCUGCUCUCCUCUCACAACACACGCUGACGCUCAGCAAUGCUGGAACCAACCACACCGCUCAUACGAGAGGUCAGCAUGGAAGAGGCAGACCUGCUGAAGGAGAGGCUCCUGGCCAUCACGGACAAGAGGAGAGUCCAGGAGGAUAUUGCCAAGAAGAGGAGACAGAUUGAGGAGGAGAAAUUAAAACUGCAAUACAUCAAGAAGAAGGCUCUGAGGGAGAAGUGGCUGAUGGAGGGCCUGAGCCAGCAGACAGAAGAGGAGCAGGAGGCCAUGAAGCUGCAGGCCCUGGAUGAAGAGCAGCAGAGCUCCCAGCUGCAGGCCAACAUCGACAGAAUGGAGAAGGAGAUUGAAGCCCUGGAAGCGCAGGAGCUUAACAUCUCCACCAACGAGGAGGUCAUCCUGAAACGACUGAAGGAGGUAGAGCGGACCGCAGAGGACAUCAUCAAGAACGCCACCGCUACUGGGGUGAGAGAGACAGAUGGAACAGAACUGAACGAAGGUUGCAGCAGCCCUGAGAAUCAAAACUCAAACAGAUCAAGCUCCUUCGAAGACACAGUCACCAUGGAAACCACCGAACAAUCAGAGACGGCUACGACUGUGGACUGUGAAGUGGAACCUGCUGUGGCUGACUCACCUGUACCAGGGGAGGAUUUGAAUGCAAAAGAUGAGCAAGUUUAUUCAGAAUUAGACUCAUUGGUUGCCUCUGACGAAAAAGCAAAACUGGACAUUGUAGCUGACCUACCAAUCAGUACAAGUGAGAUUUGUGAGCUUGAGACCUCAGGGAAUAGACCCUGCUCUGAGGUGCCCUGUAUGGAUCAAAAGGAAGCUUUGAUAUUAGAAUCAGAGCAUGAAGAGCUCAACAGGAACGAAUCCAUCAAUUCCUCCUUGUCGGACACAUUGUCCAGUGCAGACAGUGUUUAUGAGAAUGAGGCUCAUCGUAAAAUAGAGGAAAUCCAGGAUCGGGAUCCUGAGCCAGAACCUGAGGCUGAUGACAAUGAAAAUGAGCCCAAUCCUGAGGCAGAGCAUGGCAGAAACCCUGAGAUUGAAACAAAGGAUGACCACAUGAUCCAUGAAAUCCCAUUCGAACCACCUAUCAGUGAAAUCACAGAGGAAUCAAUACUGGAGCAGUUCAUUAGAGAAGAAGUGAUGUCAGAUGUUUCCAAUGAGUCCUGCCAUGACCUUGACCAUGAUGAAAUAGAUGAAUGUCUGAGGGUCGAGAUUGCAGCUGCUUCAUCAGAUAGUGAGACAGACGAGAAAUGGAGAACGAUAUUCUCCUCCUCUAUUAAUAAAGAAGACGAUGACUCGUAUUUGGACAGUCUCCAGCUGAGUGCCCAGGAGCUCUUUGUACAGAAAGUGCAGGUGGCAGACAUAGAGGACCAUGAUGACAUGACCACUGAGGAAGCCCAACUUGAUGUUCCACAGGAAAAUGUGGUGUUGGAACAACCUGAUGAUGUCAUCUCCUUCCCAAUCCCUCCCCAAGAGGUUACAUAUAAUCCUUUAGCCCUUAAAGGCUUGUCAAAAAUUUCUGAAGAUGAGAAUGAAAAUGGGAAGGACGCUAAUCACAACAACACUACCCACCAUGAGCACAUCAAUCACUUGAAUUCAGAUCACACCAAGAAACUACCAAAAGACUUCUGUGUGAUACAGGAGACCAAGAGUGAGAAUGUAAGUACGGAGCAUGUGGACUUCCAGGUGGCUCGUAAACAGUGGCUGGAAAUGGAGGAGCAAACAAAGAACCAGAUUGUUUCGCCAACAGCCAAGGUCCCCGGCUUCCAUGGCAGCCACAGCUUCAUGUAUACACCAGUUCGCAAUGUUGAAAGACCUCAGAAAAGACAGCAUGACCUGCAGAACCUUAGCCUAGUUGGAGACUACCCGCACACUCAGUUCAGCCCUUGUUCAGAGGAUUCUGGCUUGGACGAUUCCAGCUACAGGUCCCUUUAUGAUGACCCAGAAACCCCCAUUGAAAAGGAGAUACGCAUAGCUAUGGAGAGGGAGGAGAACUUUAGGAGAGAAAGAGGAUUCUCCAAAAUGGGGAAAUCAACAGAUUGUGCCGCAUCACGAACUAUACCCAGAUCCAUCAGCACACCACUGACACCAUCCUUCAUUAUUACAUCCUCACCUUCAAAGGAACCACUGAAACAAGAGGUGUCUGCCAUUCUUGAGCCCAGUGAGGAUUUUCUUUCCAGCCCAAGACAUGGCAAAGACGCGGCAACAACUGAAUGGCAAUGCAACAGCAGCAACUCCAACCUCAUCAUUCUUGAGACAUCCAGUUUGAUCAUUCGCAGUGCCUCAGAGUUAUGCCUGAACAAAGCGUAUGAGCAGCCCCAGGAGAAGAUGUUCUUGAACAACCCUUUUUUCAAGCUGCGCUCAAGAAGCACAAUGUCUCUGGUGGAUGAAGAGAUUAAGAUGGUGAAACAGAGAGAAGAGGAACUAAAGAAAGAGCGGGCCAGCCUGUAUGCCAAAGGCAGGUUCGACACGGGCAUGAUACUACCAAACGACAUGAACAGUUUAACCUUUGACAGUUCAGUUGAUGUGCCAGUAAAGUGUAAAUCCUCCCCAUCAUCACCAAUGAAAUCAGCGUAUAGGAUGGACCGCUCUGCUUUAUCCUGUGACCACAGGUUUCCAGACGUCGACAGCAGAGGAAGACGUAAGAGUGCCAUGGCUCUUCGUUGGGAAGCAGGGGAGUUCACUAAAACCAACUAACAUGGAACAAGACAACUGUUUCCUGGAGAAAGCACCGCCUGCCAACAUAGUAUACCCCGUCUUCUGAAUUACAACACAUUAUACCCCGUCUUCUGAAUUACAACACAUUAUACCCCGUCUUCUGAAUUACAUACCGCACUGCAAGUGUUUGUUCCAUGUUGUGACAUAACUAAACCUGCUUUUGUGAUGUAUUGGUCUAAAAGAGCACGGUAAGGUCGCUGUUUGCAGCCACACUUCAUUUGGACAAAACUCCCAUGAUGCCUGAGAUGUGCUCCGUGUACUAACCUAUCAUAUACUAUAUAUGUGUAGAUAUAUAUAUAUAUAUAUAUAUAUAUAUAUAUAUAUAUAACUAUCCUAUACUGUAUACUGAGCUAUCAGCGACAGAACCAGACACAUAGAGGCCCGGUCGAGAAAGUGUAAACUAAGAUGGCUGAUAGCAGUGUGAAGAGAUUUCUAUCACCACCAUGUUCCAGAUUAAUUUCAGGAUGUCACACGAUAUCAGAUUAAUUUCAGGAUGUCACGUGACAUCAGAGCUGUUAGUCCAUAAUGGCAGAUGAAAUGGAUCUAUCUACGAGGGAAUUCAAAUGAUGAAUGUUUACCGAGAUGCCUGAACGUUAAAUGAAUGUAUUGUUGAGUGUAAUGAAUGUAUUGUUGAGUCCUCUCUUUGCUAACAUUUUCUUGACAUUGUAAAUGUAAAUCAGAUUUUAAUGAGAUUUUGGUGUUUUGUCUUGAUAAAGCACAGG